AAGCGAUCAUGUGUCAGAAGUGAAAGUGAAAGAAGGAUCUUUUGCAGUUUGGGGCGUUAAAAGUGCUGACGCACCGACUCUUUGUGUAAAGCAGAGGCCAGUAAACGUUCAAAAGCGGUAAUCAGAAAGAGCUUUACCCAAGGCUGAUUGUUAGAGCUAUAACUUUAGAUAUCAUACAGUGUGCAGGUGAAAGAUGCUACACACAUCGACAAAGACGCCGACUGGAGGAUUCUCUUUUGAGAACACACGCAGAAAUGCUGUUCUGGAAGUAAACUUAUCAGAGAAGGGUUACAGUGCUCCAAACGCCAGGAAGACUGGCACCACCAUCGCUGGCUUGAUAUUCAAAGAUGGAGUGAUUUUAGGUGCAGACACCAGAGCCACGGAUGAUAUGGUUGUAGCUGAUAAAAACUGCAUGAAAAUCCACUACAUAGCUCCCAAAAUCUACUGCUGUGGUGCAGGUGUUGCAGCUGAUGCUGAGGUCACUACUCAGAUGAUGUCAUCAAAUGUGGAACUGCAUUCACUGAGCACAGGACGACCUCCUCUUGUGGCCAUGGUGACCCGACAGCUCAAACAGAUGCUGUUUAGGUAUCAAGGGCACAUUGGUUCUUCUCUAAUUGUGGGAGGUGUGGAUAUUAACGGCCCACAACUCUAUAGCAUCUACCCUCAUGGUUCCUAUGAUAAGCUUCCUUUCCUUACCAUGGGGUCUGGAGCAGCUGCUGCCAUUUCUGUAUUUGAAGAUCGUUACAAGCCAAACAUGGAGCUGGAGGAAGGAAAGCAGCUGGUGAGAGAUGCCAUCACUGCAGGCAUCUUCUGUGAUCUGGGUUCCGGCAGCAAUGUAGACCUAUGUGUGAUCACAGAGAAAGGUGUGGAUUAUCUGAGAGGAUAUGACCAGCCUGUUCAGAAAGGAUUGAGGGAGGGAACGUACAGAUACAAGCCAGGCACUACUGCUGUGCUCACAAAAACAGUGAUACCAUUAACACUGGAUGUUGUGGAUGAAUCUGUCCAAAUGAUGGACACUGAAUAAGAAUAUAUUUGCAUUUCUUUUCAUUCUUUCCUUCACUCUUUGGCCAAUAUAAGGGAUAUGUGUAUAGUUUUUCUUUGUGGAUAAAAGAGGAAAUAUAUUUCUUAUUUUUAGAAGUAGCCAUAUGCUUUAGGAGUUUUAUAGGACCCUGUAUUCAGUCAUUUGCAUUUUAACUGCCCAAAUCUGUUUUGCAAAAAUGUAAAAUUUUGAAAAGUGUGUUUGUGUCCUUAUCCCAUCAGAUAUAUAAUAUAGUUACUUUAAUAAAAUUUAAGAUAAAAAAAAAUGAAA